AGAAUAUUUUAUAAUUGAAUAAAUUGUAGCGAAUGCGUCGCAAGAGGCUACAGAACGGAUAAGCUUGACUAACAAAGCGAUCUCGAAGAAGCAGAAUACAUAUCGCGUUAUAACGAGUCGAUCGCUCAGCGAAUUUUUGCACAGACUGUACAUCGCUAAGUCCAUUCGACUCCUACCAAGAUUAAGGUAAUACUCGGCUGAUAUGAUACAAUAGUUAUGUAGUCUUUUCAGUGCUCUAUGGUGCUUCCGCUGGAUGGUCAGCCGCCGACACUCACGAAGCUGUGGAAUAAAUUUUGCAACCGCUAGUCGAAAAAAGAGGUGUUGUUGAAGGGGAGUCGAGUGUGUUGAAGAGAAUGACGGAUAGCCAGCAGCAGUUUUGCUUGCGGUGGAAUAACUUUCAGGCGAACAUCACAAGCCAGUUCGAGGCGCUUCGGGAUGACGAGGACUUCGUCGACGUUACCUUCGCGUGCGAUGGCAGACGGUUACAGGCGCACAAGGUCGUCCUUUCCGCGUGCAGCCCUUACUUCAAGGAGUUGUUCAAGACAAAUCCUUGCAAACAUCCAAUAAUCUUUAUGCGGGAUGUUGAGUUUGAACAUCUACAAUCGUUAUUGGAAUUUAUGUACGCUGGAGAGGUAAAUAUCUCGCAAGCCGAGUUACCUACAUUUCUGCGUACUGCUGAAUCUCUUCAAAUACGUGGCCUCACCGACUCCCAGAACAAUCAGCACAACAACGAAAAGCAUUUGAAGACGAAUAACAUCCACGCAUCGAACGGCCGUGGUCUGAUCUCGCCGAGCUUUGACGACGAACGCAGUAGAACUCCGCCACCUUCGAGCCCUCCACCAUUAAAAAGGCUGUGUAAAAAAAGUGAUUCACCUCCAAUUUCUAGUCCAGCAUCCGCUGUGCCGCCUACCAUUGCACCUCGUUCACGCCCGCUUAUCGAGCCCCAAGUUCAACUCGAUUGUUACAAAGAUCUCGAUGUUAUUGAGCCAAAAAUAGAACUACCUGAAUAUGGCAGUGAUGACGAUUGCUCACCUAAACAGGAAGCCAACACGAUACCCAGUGGAUUCCUCAGUUUGGAUAGCAGCGGUAUGGAAGUGUUGCCGUCUUAUCCAUCAUCGUAUCAAGGAAACCAAAAUGUGGAAGGAGGAAUGCCAGGACCAUCCCACGGGAGCACGGAGUUAAAUCAGGAGCAGCAAGCUGACCUGCGUAAACUGCACUCGCUGGACCCACGCCCUUGUCCUGUGUGCAACCGCAUGUACAGUAACUUGUCCAACCUGCGGCAGCACAUGCGCCUGAUCCACAACCCUCAGAGUGUCACUUGCCCUCUAUGUAACAAGCCAUUCAAGACCAAGCUGUACCUGAAGCGUCACCUGGUCAGUUUCCACGAACUCACUGUGGCAGACAGGCAACGUCAGGAGGAGAUCUACCAACAUCAAGUUAAGGUUCAGGUCCAGGGACAGACGCAGGUUCAGACAGGAUCUCAGACUCAAACACAGACACAAGCUCAGGCACAAACACAAGCUCAGAUACAAACUCAGACUCAGGUGGAUAAUAAGGUGCUUUUAGCGGCCACUGCUCCGCCGACUCCUUGGGGUAGUAAUAACACUACCGCCGAGGAGAACGGCGGGGUUGGCGGCGGCGGCGGCGGCAGCAGCAGCGGCAGUGGUAGCGGGAGCGCCACAGAACCAAAGCUCAGAUCGUAUCAGACGCAAGCUGGCGACAAUGCUUACUCGGUAGAAGUAGCGCAGAUCGGUGAUUCAAAGCAUUUUGCUAGCGGGAUGUUGCAAUUCGACGCCACACAUCACUAAUAUACAGGAUUUAUUUAUUUUUUAAUCUAAUCGCCCAGUAUAUAUAUGUCGUUUUGUGAUAUAGUAACGAAGUCUCUCGAGUUUAUCUUUUAAUUGUUUAGUGAACUUGUGAUUCAAUAGGAAACGUAUCUUCAUAUUAUAGUUGAGAACGGACAAGUAGAUAGAGAUAACGUUACGACACACAAGGCUGAUUCCAUAUUUAAUAAUCGGGGAGGACUGUCCGUGCGCUUCCGCGCGCGCACGGACCUGGCCGUACCUUAUAAUUUUAAAUAGAUUGAAACGCAUACAUAUGCAAUUCUUGUCACAUACAAAACAUGAGCGGAAGUGAGGAAGACAAGAAACACGAUUGACGGUCGCGCACUUCAUUGUUUUCGUCCAUAAAUAAAAAGACGCCUAUACCGGAUCCUUCGCAUGAAGGAAUUCUCGUUCAUACAAAGGAUCAGGACAGUGUAUAUAGGUUUGGGAGACUAGUUUAACAUAUAAAAGUCCCGUGCCUAUUCAUCGUAAACGAUGAACGCUGACGAAGGGAGAGAAACGAGUAAAAAGAAAAAAAAAAGAAAAAAAGCCGAAGGUGGAGCAGCCAUCCCACCUCGUACUGAUAAUUCUGCAGCCGGAUACUUGUUGUUUUAUUUAAUGCUAUACAGUGUUAUACAGACUACAGAUAUUUACAACAAUAUUAUAUUCUUACAGAGGAGAUUAUAUUUACUUUAUUAUUGCAAACUGCAAUGUGCAAUGACAUAGCUCGUACAUGAUAUAUUUUUCACAUGCAUACAUUGCAAUAUACAGCCAAUUGACAGCUCAACAGAAUAAUAAUAUUUAUUAUUAACAGUUAUCAACAAACCGUGAUCGCAAUAAUGCAGCAGAUUGAAUUUAACAAUAUAUAAUAAGAGAGCAAUAUCUCUGCUGGUUUUCUUUACAUGCGUUGUUCGUAGAUGAAUCUUAUUUUUUUCUGCGUUUAAGAUAUUAGUACAUGGAUAUGGAUUGUAUGUUUAUUUUUAUUUAUUUAAUUUUUUUAAAGAUAUUAAAGGGAUUUAAUUUAUAUACUUAAAUACGUAAAUUGUAAAUUAAAUUUACAAUUAGUUUCAGCGUUUAGUAAUGUUUGGUAAUAUUUAUACUAAUGUUCUUUGAAAAAGAAAAAACAGUUUUUUAUUUGAAGUAUAUAGAUUUUUUUUUUUAAUACAUCGAUUAGUUUUUGUUUUUUGUUUUUUCAAACACACUGAUGUAACAUAAAAGUGUGUACGUAAUAUAAACACGAUAGUGUUUCAUUAAGUUCGUGCAUAUAGUAGGAUUAACUUUUUGGUAAGAAAAAUACUACACCUAGUGUAUCGUUUACAAGAAACUUUUUUUUCAUGCAUAUUGCUUUAUUUAUUUAUUUAUUUAGUAAGAUUUAUAUUUUUUAAUUUAGCAUUUUUGGCAACGUGUAUUUAAUAAGAAUGUAUACAUUAUCUUUAACUCUCUGUAUCGUUGAAACGAUAAUUCUAUUAUAGUAUCAGUAUUUCCGUCGUAAACUUUGUUUUUAUCAUAGUUUUAGGUUUUCGUUUUUAUAUUUAUUAUUAUACACUAAUUCGUAAAUUUUAGUUUUUUCAUUGAAGCAAACCAGCACAGAUAUCUGCCACACAAUUCCAUAGCCAUAGUACCACACAGUACAACUCAGGAUCUUUUAUAUUAUAUUUUACAGAUGACAAUAGUUCCAUAAAAGUACGAUUUAUACAAACAGCGAUUCUAGGAAACGCGUUAAAAAGAUAAGUUCCCUAGAAUCGUGACUUCGUAAGUCGUACCCGUUCAUAAUGACAGGCUCCUUACCUCACAUACAAUCAAAUUUACUAAACAGAUGCAGCUAUAUAUUAUUAAUAAUAUAUUUACAUACAACAAUUUACAAUAGUACCGGGAAAUAGCGGCGGUUGCAACGACUGCAACCACCGAAAUAAAAAAACACAGAUUGCCGAAUAUUAUACAAACGGUUUUUAUUAUCUGUUAUUACAUUGGUAAGUGAUUGCAAUGUUUUUUUACAAGUUAAAUAUGUAAUUAACAGAGAGAUGUACAUUCAAAGAAUCUUUUCGUUCUUACGAUAACGAUAAUGGAUGCCCAGCACACAACUGACAAUUAGUACCGAAAUAAGAUUAGAUUAUAAAUGUUGCAUAUCAUAUUAUAAUAUUGUUAUACCUUUGCCAAGCCAGUGUUACACACACAUUCAUCAAUUCUCAGGCCUCGGAUCAUUCACUAGAUUUUAUUUUAUUUUCUAAGGAAUAAUAAUAAUUCUUUACACAAUAUCUUUAUUGUAUAAUAUAAAUAUUAUUGUAUAUACUUCUCGAAAAGUUAGAGAUUCAAUCAUCUGGAUUCAGCAAUAUUUUGUAGCACAGAAAGAGUGAAAAAAAAGAGAGAGAGAGAGAGAGAGAGAGAGAGAGAGAGAGAGAAUGGUGAUUUAUUUUCUCUACUUCUAUAUAUAGAAUAUUGUUUAUUCUUGUUAUUGUCUAUUUAGCUUUGUUUUUCUCGCGUUUUUAGCAAUAAGAUCUAUUAUACAACAUUGACAUUUUAUAUUUCUAAGAAUUUAGCCGACUUUAUUUCGAGAUAUUCAAUUGUCUUUGUAUCCGCUCGAUCCUUUGCCUGAGAGAAUCCAUAUACUGUGUAUAUCAAAGUGAUGUGUUACAGAAUGUCACAUAAUAGUAAGCAUCAUUUGACAGGCCGGACUUCGCUGGGCAUUAACACACCGGUUAAUCUAGCUAGUAUCACAAUACAAUUCCGUAAAAAAUAAAAAAAACAAAACCCACUGUUAUUAAUUGCGAUUGUAUUAACAAAUUCAAAUAGUGUGCAAACAUAUAUUUCAUGUAACAUCCGCAGCACGGAGACAACUGAAAAAAAAGGGAAAUGAAAACAUUAACCAAAAGAAAAAAAAACAGUCGAUGAACAAGCACACAUUUUCCGCUAAUAACAAAGAAACUUGCAAGCUAAAAAUCCCGCAUAGUAUUUUUUGGUCUAAUAAUAAUUUACCGUGUAUUAAAAAGUGUAUCAAAACAAGACACUACGUGUGUCCUUAAAAAAGUAUCUCUUUGUGAUGAAAUACGAUACUCUUGCCAUUUUUGCAAAAAUAACCAAAACAAAAAAAAAAAAAAACAAAAAACAAAAAAAGAAAGAAACUCGAUGAGUAGGUACAGAAAGCUCACUGGAAAGAAAAAAUAUCUUUCGUCUGCGAUAAUAAGUUUUAACUUGAUCCUACUGCGAUUUUAGCAUAUUUGUAUUAUGAAUGCGUUGUUACGACUCUUAUUACUGCUACUGCGAUAAACUACCAACUGCUAUUAUUACCACUAUGGAUACUAUUAACUAUCACUAUUACUACUACUAUUUACUAUCCUCCUACUACGAUUAUAUUAUUAUUACUAGUUAAAUUCUAAAUUUGAAACAUAUAUAUGUUUCGCGUCUAAUUGUCGUGAAGACGAUUUGUGUUCGAAAGGAUAACGUAUUAUUUUCGUUUCCCGCGUCGCACGUGCGCGCUAUUUUUCGAUCGUACGUAUAAGAAGAAUCAAUAUCUUUUAGCGCGUUUGAUUAUGUGUUGUAUAUAUUGUAAAUUAUUAUGUAAUUUUUAUGCGCGUCACAACAACAAAAAAAGAGGAUAACUCGUGUGUAUUCGAUCGCUCUAGUUGUUACUAAUAUAUACAUAGCUAUAGGGGAUAUUUUUUCUCGAUUGAGAAGAUAAUAUACGGUCUCUUUUUUGAACGAUGGACAUCCUCCUGUACACCGUAAUAUUAUUUGAAGCUUGUUUCACGACUUCAAAUUUGAUUUACGUUAUU